AUCAAAUCAUUCAUCAGCAGUGCACGAUUUUGUGAUUUUUGUCAAGUCGAAUUUUAAUUUAUUACGAAUUUAUUAAUUACCUUUUACGCAUUGGAUUAAAAUUAGAAUAAAAAGUGUUCAUAAUUUAAUAAAAAAUGCAGUGCCAAUUAUGGAUGGGCAGUUUGGAGCCCAAUAUGACAGAGAGCUUCAUAAUGGCUGCAUUCCAUCGUAUGGGACAGCGUCCAUUAGCAGUAAAAGUGAUGAGAAAUAAGUUUACAGGUGAACCAGCUGGAUAUGCGUUUGUUCACUUCCAGACUGAUGAAGAAGCAAUAGAUGCGAUGCACAAAUUGAAUGGCAAACCGAUCCCAGGCACGUUUCCUGUAGUCCGAUUCAGGUUGAACACAGCAUCCAGGGAGGCUCGUGCGAACAUGCAACAGGAACGAGAGUUCUCCGUGUGGGUUGGAGACUUGAGCCCUGAUGUUGACGAUUAUUCCUUGUACAGAGUAUUUGCAGCAAAGUAUAAUUCCAUUAAAACAGCUAAAGUAAUACUGGACAGCUCAGGAUACACAAAGGGCUAUGGUUUCGUCCGAUUUGGCAAUGAAGAUGAACAGCGGAAUGCUUUAUAUGCCAUGAAUGGAUAUACUGGAUUAGGCAGUAAGCCCCUUAAGAUCUGUACCGCAGUGCCCAAGCCCAAAGGCGCUGUGACCACGCCAUCGGCCACACCCACAACUGCUAGUGCGACGUACAGCAGCGGGACGGAGUACAACCAAUAUUAUGAUCCGUCUGCCUAUUGGCAAAAUUACUCAGCGUGGUCUGGCUACUAUGGGCAGGGCGACCAAGCGGCAGUGGCGCAGGCGCCGGUGGCCGACGCCGCCCAGGCCGCCGCCGUCAAGGCGCAAAAUGACGAACUGGCUCUCGUUGAGCACAAGAGGACCAUAGACGUAGACGCUAUGAAUUGCGAGUUCCUAAACCCCGAACUGUCUUUGUGGGACAGUCUGGAGUCCUCCCAGUGGCUACCCCACGAGGUUGUCGAAGUUCACUGACAAGAAGACCAAUACGAGGUGCUGGAUGAGUGAUGUGAUAUUAUGCCAGGACCGUAGUGAUGUAAUGAUAAGUUAAUUGUAAUCUUUAUAAUAAAUAUAGAAUAAAUACAUAAA